GAUGAGGUAAUAGCUCUUCAUUGCUCUGUGUUUCUUGUGUAAAUAUUAUUUCUGAACUUUCAUAAUACUUUAAAAGUUAAAACAUUAAUGUUGUAGGUAUAAGUGAUGUGUUGUUUUAAGUAUUUUUUUUAUGCACAAUUUUGUUAAAUAAGGAUUAGGGCGUCGAACGUUUGAAAUGUUUGAUCAUAAUUACACAUGGUAUUUACGCAGGUAUCACUCCGCCAGAAAAGUACAGACCUGUGUAUGUGUUUCAUGUUUCCAACAAAGGUAUGUGGAUUUGUGUAUUAUUAUUAUUUUUUUGUGAUAAAACGUUUUUGUUAAUGUAAUUUAAAUUAUUAUUUUUUUGUAUGAAUGAAUGUUGUUUAUUCUCUCUUCUGUCGGACUUUUGCUGAUAAGGUAUCACUCCGCCAGAAAAGUAGAGACCUGUGUAUGUGUUUCAUGUUUCAAACAAAGGUGUCCAAUAAAUGAUGAAACGACGGAAUGGUCAACGCUGAAUAAGACUCACUACACACACACACACACACACACACACACACACACAUAUAUAUAUAUAUAUAUAUAUAUAUAUACACACACACACACACACACACACCAACAUUGAUACAUGGAUGAUACAGCAGAGGAUUGGGAGAAUGUCAUGUGGUCAAAUGAAACCAAAAUAGAACUUUUUGGUAUAAACUCAAUUAGUUGUGUUUGGAGGAAGAAGAAUACUGAGUUGCAUCCCAAGAACACCAGACCUACUGUGAAGCAGUAGGUAUGGGCGCUCCCCACCCAAACCACGCCCCCAACCACGCCUACUUAUCACCCCCCACCUAUCGAAAUCGGAGGUUUCAAGGUUGGCAAGUAUGUUGUAAGACAAACACUUUAUCGCCGUGGUUAUUGUAUUGCUACGUGUUUGACAUUAUUUAAGACUUUAUCGUGCCCGGAAAAUAACAGUUUGUCUCAUCUGUGGGAUUAAUGACAUUUAAAGGACUAUUGUUAGUCCGAUGUUGAUGCGAUAAAACCUCUUUCUUGUUUGGAAGAUGCACACAUUUGUAACUUUUAUUUCUUCUUGCACAUAAUAAAUAUGUACAAUGUGUUUUGGAUGUAUUUAUUUAUGUAAAAAUUGUCAUUAAAUGUAAUGUUGCCUGACAAAAAGUGAUUCGACGUAAUAUUUUGAUAUUUACACAUCCCAUAUUUACACACACGUAUUUUACGAGAAUACACUUAUGAGCAUUACAUAUAUCAAAAUUAAGUACCGACUGUACUGUUUACUUGUUUAAAUACCCUUUUUAGAACAAAUAUCUACCCAAAUUAAACCUUUGAGAAACAUAUCUAAAAAAAUAAAAAUUAAAUUCCCCAUGUUCCUUUAGGGCAGACCUGGGCAUUCUGCGUCCGUGUCCGGUCCGCGUGAAGCCAAUCAUAAAUUACAAAAUACAUUUUAAAAAGUAUCUAAGUCUAGUGUGCAAUACAACGAUGCUGCUUUUUGUCACACCGCGGUGAGGGAAGUCUUGUCUUGGUUUUUUUCUGUCUUGUGAUUUGCAUGUUUUAUUUUGAAAAGCAACUCCUCUUGUUUCAGAUCACGGGCCCUUCCUCUUGUGUCACCAGUCUGACGUUAUCCCUGACCCUUGAUUGUUUCCACCUGUUUCCCAUUACCCUCAUGUUCCAUUUAAGUUCAUGCCUCCCCUUGUUCUGUGCCAGAUCGUCUCGAGCUUUCGUGUCAGUCUAGCAUCCAAGUCCAUGUUCAUGUUUGUAUCCAUGUUUUGCUUCUUCCCACGUCUACUUCCAUGGAACAAAGAAUCCCAUGCUGUAAUUUUGAAUUUCACUUUUUCUCCUCCUCAGAGCAACCUUUGUUAAUCGAGCCUUUGUCCAACCAAUGUGCUGAGGGAACUUAAAAGUUCCCUUUUUCCACUUGGCUUUUCUCACUUCCUCCAUUCUCACCUGCGCUCUGCCUCACUUUGGAGUCAUCCUUGAAGCUUCUCAACAUGAUCGGCUGCCUCUUGGUGCUCAUUUGCAGUAGCUCAGGUGCUCAUGGCCAGAAUGCCCUCUCGGCUUUUUUUGCAAGCUCAACUACCAAAAUCACUACAAAAAUGGAAACCCUCUGUCCACUGACGCUGUUAGCUACACCUGACUACCCGGUGGCAGCGGGUCAAAAGGUCAGCCUGCACUGUAGCGGUCCGACGUCGGCCAACGUGACUUGGUCCUGGCACAGAAAAGAGAACGGGUUGUGGCACCAAGUCGGCACAGGAAAAACUCUGACCCUCAGUGAGCCCGAGCAUAGCGGGAUGUAUCGCUGCCACUCGAGCAGUCACCAUCACUCUGACUGUGGGAGCCCCACUCACAACGUCUAUAUUGUCUCUUUUCACGCUGCAGAAAUGAAGACUAUGGGAAUAAGUGCCUUCACCCUCUCUCUGCUGGCCUUGAUGGUUAAUAUCUGUCUUGUAUUUUGGCUGCUCUGGCAAAGACGGUGUGACAAGAAAAGCUCCUCUAACACAACAAUUAAAGGUUUUGCAAGAGACGGAAAGGAGCUGAAGGGAGCUUUGCCACAAGCCGAGAAUGGUGGCCACGUGUACGUGAAUUACUCAAGCACAAACCUCGCCUACACCGAUCUAGAGCCCGCAAGCAUGAGGGGCGACAACACUUACUCAAUUCUGUCAUGAGCUUAAUCUGCACAGGAAAAGGCUUUUAGUGCAAGGUUUCAACAUGUUUUUUAACUGAAGACCCACAUGAUGAAUGUGGUGUUCUCCUGUCAUGUAUUAAAAUAACACUGACACAUUCUGUGCAAAAAUAAGACAUUAAUUUUACUUGGCAACAAGAAAAAAUAUAUAUAUUUGUAACCUUGCGGCUUUGGGGUGAAACUUUAACUUUAUUCUUACUUACUUUUUUUUGUUUUUAAAUCCAUCCAUCCAUUUUCUACCGCUUUCUCCCUUACGGGGUCGCAGGGGGCGCUGGCGCCUAUCUCAGCUACAAUCGGGCGGAAGGCGGGGUACACCCUGGACAAGUCGCCACCUCAUCGCAGGGCCAACACAGAUAGACAGACAACAUUCACACUCACAUUCACACACUAGGGUCAAUUUAGUGUUGCCAAUCAACCUAUCCCCAGGUGCAUGUCUUUGGAGGUGGGAGGAAGACGGAGUACCUGGAGAACAUGCAAACUUGCAAACUCCACACAGAAAGAUCCCGAGCCCGGAUUUGAACCCAGGACUGCAGGACCUUCGUAUUGUGAGGCAGAUGCACUAACCCCUCUGCCACCGUGAAGCUUUUAAAUAUUACACAAUUGUUGUUGUUAAACUACACCUUUAUUCUCAAAAUAUUUCGAUGUUAUUUUUAAAAAAUAUUUUUGUGCCUUCACAGUAUUUUGACUUUAUUGUUAUUAUUAAAAGCCUUUGAUGA